AUGCAGUUUAUAAAGAUAGCGAUUUCUUGUAUUCUAUGUGCGCCGGGCGUGUACAUGAGCAAAGAAAGCAGGCCGGCGGCCUCUUUAAACGAGAAAGCGAUUGCGCAAGAAGGCUGCAAACACUCGGGCAAAAACACCCACUCAGAAAUCAUACACAGUGCAGAAGGCGUCUAUACACACGUAGAAUUCGAUGUGAAUGAGUGCGAGAAAGGGCAAGCCCCAAAUGGCAGCAAAGAAGUCCAAAACUCUGCCGAGGUGCAUAACGAGCCGGAGCCAGAAAAGAGCAAGGCCUUGCCAGAAGACUUUGUAAGAGGUAGCCCGAAAAGGCUUUCCGGCCUUUCACGGCUUAAGGACGCUCUGCGCUUUAGCUUUAAGAAAAAAGCGCGAAGCCAAAACCUGAUGCACAAAGAAAACAGCAUGCAGCAAGGCGCUGCCGAGAAAGAAAACGAAGAUGCCAGCCCCAGUGCCAGCAAAGACGAGGCUUCUCCGAGCCAAGAAAACGAGGAGGAGCCUCCUGUGCCGACUUCCGAUUCAAAGGACAUGCCUAAAGAAAAAGCAGAGAGCAAGAAGGCUGCGAAGGCUGAAGGCGCCGAGGAUACUGAUAGGCCGCUCCAAAACUGGCCCAUUGCUAUGUGCCAGAUAACGCCUGAGAACCCAGACUCCAUGUCAGGCGCUAUUCUUCGCCUAGACAAAAGAUUCUUCAAUCGCGGAAAGUGCUGGCGUGUUUCAGAAGAUGACUUGAACGAAAUGGUAAGCCAAAAGUUCGAGGCAGCAUUUAGCAGCCAGAAAAACAUUAAAAUAUGGAUGAGCCUCGAAAAAAAACAGGAGGAAAGUGCUAGAAUAAAAAGAGCACGCAAAAAAAUAGAGGCGCAGGACAAACUCUACAGCGAUGCCCUCAAUCUACACAAAAAUUCCCAUGUUUUUAAUGAGCCAAAGAUUUUUGCCGGCUUUGACUCGCUGGCAAGAAUCCGCGUGUACGACGAAAUAGUUUCCUUUUUCAUAAUAUACAGAAGCGUGAUUAAAGAGCUGGGCGCUCUGCUCGCCACCGUAAAUAAGGGCGUUGUGUGGUCAAAAAUAAUAGAGCCAUGCCUCUGCCAGUUCACUCCGCACGCUUUGCACAGCGACCCUGAUCUGCUGCAGUACAUUGUUGCAUACUCAGUUCCCCAUGACAUCUGCGUUAUCAAAGAGAUGGGCAAGCAUCUUAACGCGAAGCUUGCAUACACGGCGUGGAAUACAAAGGAGGCAACGGAAAACAAAAGGCGGCUGCUCGAGAUAUACAUGGGCCUGCUGACUGUGAAAGAGCCGGUGGGUCUCAGCCGCAAUGAACUCAUGCCUUUUCUCAGCUGCAUGAUUUCCAACUUUUUGGACUUGCUUGAGGACAUUCUUGGGCGCCGGGCACCGGCCUCUGCGUCUGAAAGCCCCAAGAUCAUCUCGCUAGUGGUCCAAUUCAUUCUGCUGAGCGACGGAAUAUGCCAGGAGGCAACCAUAAAGAACAAGAAAACCAUGAAAAGCCUGCUGGCUUCUGCCAUGCAUGUGAUUCAAAUCGGGGGUCCUUCUCUGAAAAAUGCUUUCUACAAAAAUCUGCUGACUCUGGUCACAAACAACGUGGGCAUGCCCAUCAGACUGAUACCAGGCGACCCCGAAACAGACCAAAAAGAAAGCGAGGAGCCGGCAGGCAGCGCACCCGACGCGGAAUCUAUCCACAGCGGAAAAAGCGUGGACUCCCUUUUGAACUAUUCUGAAAUACCUCUUUCCACGCUAAGCUUGAACGCCAGCGCAGACUGCCCUGAGAGCUCAGCAAAGGCAAUGUCGGAGGAAGGCCGCUGCUCACCCACAAUGAUAGAUGGGCCAGACAGCCCCAGCGCAAAAAGCAAAUCCAACUCAGAAGACCCGCAGAAUUCUUCGUCCGUGUGCGACGAGGACAGCAGCAAUCUCAAAAAAGCGAAAGCACACGCGGAUCUUUCCCCCGGCAAAGCUCCUUUGGCCCAGGAGGAAGAUUACUCGUCAAACGAUACGCCUUGCCCCGAAAAGCCGUGCAUGCUGCCCAUUAGUCUUUCAGGCUGGCCAUACGUACAGAAUCUGAACUACUUUGACCCCGGCCAUGAGGUUACCAAGGAGUUCUAUAUGCAAUUCAAUGUUAAAAAAGUAGACUCUAUAGUGAACAGGCUUUGCACAUACAUGAACGUGUUUUUGUACGAGUUUACUGAGUUCUACCAAGAGAAAUACCUUCCCCGGCUGUGCAGCACUGCGAUAAAGAGUCUGAAUGCGUAUAAGGAUGCGCACUUCGAAACAAUGGACCCGGCCGUGUACAAAAUCAUGUCCAAUCGAUUUAACUUGAUAGAGAAGUACAUGCAUGGAAUGAUGGAGCUUUUCUUCAUUAAAAGGACAGCCUUCCUGAAGGAUCUGAAAAAGGAAAUAAACCUGCCGAAGCAGGACAGGGAUAUAAAUCUGUCGUCUACCUUCAUUCUGUCCUGCUACAGCAAAAACAGCGGCACCAGGAAAAAAGUGCAGAAGUUUAUUGCAACGUCUUUGGGCACCAUGAUGUUCCACACCCGAAGCAUAUCUCUGAUCCUUUUCCACCUGGCCUUUGGCCUCGAAGAAAUAAUGGAAAUCUCCGCAGAAAUGGGCCAGCUGCCAAAAUGGGGCAAUGACUACGACUUCACCUACAUGUUAGAAGAAGAGAAUCUGGAAUCCAGGCUAAACCAGCCGGACAGGCCCGGCUUCCUCCAGGAGUUCCUGGAAUGCAAAAGCAAAAACAACAGCACUAUGAGGAUAUUCACCAUCAUCCAAAUGGCUGCUCCAAUUUUGAACAUGGUCCCGUGCGACCACUGCUCCGGAAACCCCAAAAUAUUCCUCAUGCCAGCCUUCCGCAAUAUCAGAAAUGACAUUCUGAGAAUAACCUCGUCCAUAGGGCACAAUCUGAUUGGAGGAGUGACAAGCCAAGUGCUGAGAACGCACAACGGAAGACAAGCCCCCAAAAUAAUCCACGCCCCGAAGUGCAUAUACAGCAAGUACCCAUUAUAUAAGCUUCCAAACCAUACCUACUGCAUCUACAUGGACCGGAGGCUAAGCCAGCGCAUCCUGGAAGGCUAUGUUUCGUAG